AUGGCUCCGGCUCCGGAAGCCUAUUUCGCGUCCCUGGACAAGUGUUUCUCUGGGGACGCACAGCUUCUGUCUUGGAAACGAGUCUUUCUUGCUCUGACAUCACCAUCAGAUAACAGCAAUGACUCCGACUACAUAACAUCGUUCCUAUCACAACCUGAAAGCGUCCGCUUGCUCUCGAAUUGCUUUACGCCCUUCGAACCGCCUUCCACAAAAUCCAAAUCCGAAUUCGAGUCCAAAACAGCCGCUAUUCAUGUCGAUACAUCGCCCCAGGCAGCUUAUCUGAUUGACGAGAUUAAAGCCGAUGCUCUGUGGCUGAGUCAAAAAGCCGACAUCGACGAGGUAGCGGCACUCCGAAUCACGGUGCAAGAAUGGCAAACUAGACCAAACGCUCGACUGCUAGGAAGGUUCUCUGAAGAAGAAGCGACAAGCUUGCAAGAUGCAGCAAGUGUGGAUAGCUUUCGGGUGUCUCUGGCUGGCCCUCAAUUGAAAGAGGUUCUGAAAAAGGCUCAUGGGGGCUCAGACACAGACUUCGCUUCAGCAAAGUUGAGACGAAUACGGAUACAAAAUAUCUAUUUGUCGGAAAAGAGCCAUAUUGUGAAAACUUCGAGGAAAUUAUUGGCCGCCUUUUUACAUGGGAAGAUUCCAGCCGAUGCUCGUCUCGUACCGCUUACACAUGAUGGCCAGCAGUUCAUAAGGGAGGAUGGUCUCACGCGUUUGGGAGAGCAACUUUUCAAAAAUAGAUCAGCGGAAACUGAGAGUACGCGCUUUCUACUUGAUGCUAUCAAAGCCAUCGAGAAACGUUUGAGCGAUUUCCAGACGGAUGGUGGAUGGCUGUCUGCUUCCGAGAGCAAUUUUGAUACGGAGAAUGCUUGGCGAACAUCACUUGUUGAUGAGGUCGUGCACAUCAUGCAGAUUAUUUAUCUGCAUGUUCAGUCUUGCGAUGUGGUGACCAGUGGAGAAGUUGUUUUGGCUUGGCUGCGGCUCAUGGCUGAAUACAGCUUCAUGGAACCAGUUAACCCACCAUGUGAGGACCCAGUAGUGCUCAGGCUGUCCCUGCAGGUCCUUGCUUCCGUUACUACACUUGGUCUAUUGAAGCUUCCUGAAUCUUUGGCAUUGGUCUUAAAGAAUGGCAGUAUGUCGCAAGAAGAGGCUCUGUCCGAGUCUAAACCGUAUCUUCUAUCCCGUACACAUAUUACUGAGAUCAACGAAGUCUUGCUCAAUUCUAUUGACAUGGGAAUAUUGAGCGCUAGUCCUGCAGCUUUCGCCUGGGGGGCAAUACUCUAUGCUAUGCGAGAAAUUGCACAAGCCGCAAAAGAUAUCAGAGAAAUGGAACAAUUUCACAGCGCAGUCGACUCUUUCCAGUCCAAUCAGCCUUCAGCAUCUGUAACGCGCUCAUUCGAGCAGACAUUUUACGAAGACUUGCUAGACAUGGCGCGGGUUCCGGCAUUUGGAGACGAUUUCGUGGGUGUGUUGACUGUCGGGGCCAUCGAAAAGGGCCAGGUAUUCGAAGUAAUCAACAAUAUUGCCUCCAAUGUCGGUUCAAUUUCCGCCAUCGAUGACUUGAUCACAAAUCUAUGGAUUCGCAAUUCUUUAAUGGGAAUUAUCCGGGUCAGCUCGCGUGUUACUGACUAUUCUCCAGAGCUAGUUGCGGCAACACUUUCGAUCUUAAAUGCUUCGACAAAUACAUUACAGGCGCAAAAAGAAAAUUACAUCACUCAACAAAGUGACCCCCGGUCUGUUUUUCUCCAUGACGAGGGUCUCAUGAGUCGAAUAUUCCACAUUGCCCGAUCUCGCUUUCCCUAUGAAUCCAUACCAUUUUUGCAAUUAUGUCGAGCCUUGACCGCCAAGGAUCAAAUAAACGGAACUGGUCCUGAUCGGAUAUUGAGCGAGCUGGAUGCCAUGGAAACUUUCACUCAAAUGGUGUCUCCUGACUUCCAAGGUUACGAGACGAUACGUGAAGACGAGAACGCCAAUUUCGUUUCGCUCGUCCAGCCGAUUCCCAUGAUCGCCUCGACAUUCGCGAAGCUCAAUGAUCAAACUGAUACACAAACCGCUCUCGUUGUUGCGAGCUCUUUACAGCUUCAGCCAACAACAACUGGCCAGGUAGUUUCAGAGUCAAAACCAGCCGUUAUCAUGUGGUACCACAAUUACUCGAGCAUAACUUUUCUCGGUAGUUGGCUAGAAGAAUGGGCAAAUAAAGGUGGUUGUAUGCCUGACUCGGAUGAUGAAGCCAUUGCCGAAAUCAUCGGACUGCUUGCUGAUCUUAUGGCUGCGUGUCAGCUAACCGACGACGAAACCGGACCGAAGAAGAUACUUGAGAUAGCCAGUGAAGGUUUGAACGAACGCAGUGACAUUAUAUCCGUUAUCCUAAAUAUCUUGGAACGAAGUUUGGAAAGUACUGGAGCGCAGUCUGGUGCCUCUGACUUGCUUGACAUUACAGUUGCCUGCAUGCGAUUCGUUCGAGUUCUUGUUACUUUCAUGCCUAGUCGCACAUGGCCAUUCUUGUCUCGGAGUAGCUUGUUAGGCCCUGGUGGUCAAGGAAGUCGUUUUUCGGCAAUUGUAUCGGCAAGCGAGGUGACAUCGGGUAAUUAUCCCUUUCUCGUCAGUUGUGCUGAUCUCUUCGAGGCUAUUGUGGAAGAUGCUAUAUCAAAUGCUGCAAUACGAAAAAUAACAACGCGCACCAUUGCCAAGGCAGUCGAUACAUUUGAUCGAAGCGCUGGUGUGCCUUCUCACGUCAUUAGCAAGGUCUUAUCCAACUUUGUACGUUCGAUGGUUGAAGUAUACAACAGUUCUGGUAACUGGCGCUUCAAUCAACCGGAGCAUAGACUUCAGGUGGACGCUGUUUUGGCCCGAAACUUUGAGAGGAUUAUCUAUUUCACAUAUGGUAUUGAUGAAACGGACAGUCACCAGACUAAACUUACAGCUGUCUUCCAAGAAUCAGCAGAUUACAUCCUUGACGUGCUACGACCUCAAUCGAGAGAAGAACUGCCAUUAAAUCCUGUUCUGCGCAUUAUCCUCGGUGGCUUACAAAUACCGACUAGCACUGUCUAUCUCCGCCAGUUACAGCACGUUGAACGCCAACUUAUUACUACCCUUGACUUGGCUACAAGAUUGAUACAGGCAGCGCAGUUGAGUGGGUCUACUGUAUCUCUCCUCGAAGAUCAACUCUUCAAAGCAGCCCCUGUUCUAGUGAAGCUUUAUAGUUGUCAUGACCAGUUCCGCCUCCCUGUUGUGACUCUUCUAGAACUUCUAAUCACCAAGGCAGCUUUGGAUGCCGAGAAAGAACCUGCGUCCUUUCUUGGCCAUUUAGGCUCGGAAUCAACCUGCCUUUUUCUGGAUGUGCUCGCGCAAUUUGACAAACCCCUCCCUGACAUGACCUUGCUGGUGUCAAUAUGGCGGCUCCUAUCCGCAUUUGUCGGCAAACGUCAACAAUGGGUUGCUAUUUAUCUUCUUACAGGAAGCUCACCACGGGACUCAAUGAAGCUCAAAAAAGGCGACGAAAAAGCGCCAAAGAUGCGAAACACACCGUUCCUCAAGACAGCCCUUGACUCUUUGGCAAAUAUUGACCAUCUCGAUCCCAUAGUUUCGUUAUCCUUGCUCGAAUUCAUCUCAUGUGCGCAAGAACACUGGCCCUGGGCGACACCUCAAUUGGGCAACCAUUCAAACUUCUUCAGCUCCAUUGUUAAUUAUGUUUCUCAUCUAAAAAUUGGAAGCGAGCCCAUCACGACACAAAUCAGCUUGAUUCAAAUUGCUGCUAUCACUGCGAAUUUGUGUGCGAUCUACUUGCACUCGGCAAAGGAGGCUCGGGAUAAAACCUUUGUUAAGAUGCUUGUCCCGUUGGUCUUUUGGUACGCCGAAAAUGCCGUCGACGUCUCCGGGUAUAACGCUUCGCUUCACGCCAAUCUGAAGAAGAACUUUGAGAUGAAAUACGCAGGCUGUCAUCUUCAACAGUUGAAACGCACAGCUCUGGAGAUAAGACCAUUGGGAAAGGACUAUUACUAUGAUUUAUACUUGGCAGAUAAAUUACUGUCAUACGACUUUUCUUGGAGAGGAAAAAAGGACCAGGGCUUUGCAAGCGAGUUUGAGCGGGCGAAUCUCAAUCUAUCGGUGGUAGAAGCGCAAGUUACUCUGUUCAAUAGCUGGAAGUUUUUCGCUAUUGAACAUGCGUUGGACUUUAGUCCGGACCAAGAGAUUCAAAAGUCAAUGGCGCUAAUUGUGCGGAACUGCCUACUUGCAAAUACGCGUCCGACUCCUGAGGAGCCCAUAUUUUCUAAGCUGCAAAAGUCAAGAGUGGAUUUUGCCCUUUCGAUGCUUCAAAGAUUGGUCGAAUGCAAUGCCGAAGGUCCAGAGAUGACCGACUUAUUAGCGGUUGUAUGGGAAGCAAUGCGCGCAUCUGGCACUACCUACGAGAAUGCCCUGAUCCAUGAUAAUACAGACUAUUACCGCGGUCUGCUAAACGUUUUGUUCCUUGCGCUCCAAUUUCAUGUCGCAAAAUUCCCAUCUGCUGCUUCUGAACCUGUGAACAAGAAGAAAAAACCUGAUCUCUCACCCGAUCUAACCAUUGUGCUGGAGGUGAUUAAAGUCGUGAUAGCACAAGGGUUCCGCUCCCUUACGACAUACCUGCACGACGAACCGCAGCGGUGCUCGCCGAAAGACUUUGCCAUAAUCACGGCGAUCUUACAGACGGCUCUACGAGUCAAGGAUGCAGAAAGACUGUACGAGCACAUUGUCUUUCACAUUGAGGAUAACGAUACGGCUAGAUACGCAACUACUCUUUUCUCAUGGGCUGACCAAUUGACGAUUGAAGGUGAUCCGGUCUACGGAGAACUGAGCAUCAUUUUCCUGGUAGAACUGUCGGCCAUUCCCAUGUUGGCAGAAUACUUGGCUGUCGAGGUAGUGCUCAUGAAGCUUUCUACUAGCCGAUUGACUCGUAUUCUCUCACAAGCCAAGACAUUCGGCCCAUUCGACCCAGUACCUCGCCUGUACGCCAUAUGGAGGGAAGGAUUUUUACCUCUUUGCCUCAACCUGCUCUUCAACGUCAGUCGCGCCGCAUCUGAAGUAGCGGCAUUCCUCAACCAAUUCGAAGGACGACUGACCCGCGUAGCGGAGUCAUUUGCAAGUAUACACGCAGGGACAGCAUCAUCGGCGUCCUCUCAACCCGAGAAACGAAUCUGCCUCUCCAUGGCGUCCGAGGCCUAUUCCUUGUCUCUCAUCUCCUUCAUCCUCGAGCGAUACCGAACCGCCGGACCCAGCGCGGGAGUCGACAGCCAGACAAUCCAGGACUUGAAAUGGGACAAAUCACAACUCAAAGAGGAUAUUGAGGAAUUACUCAGUCGUCGAUCAAGUCUACGGGCUCGCAUGGUGGCUACUAGUGAAAAGGAGGCCGAGUUGGCACGUAAAAAGCCCCUUCAUGCGUCGUCUUCGGGUGCUGAGAACCGUCUCGAGGAGAAGAUUGUGGAUGAGUUACAAGCUGCGUUGACGUGUUUGUCGGGGGCUGAUGAGGCAUAG